UGGCAUCCCUGGCCUGACACUGGAUUCUCUCAUCAUCAUCCUCACUCGAGUCGAGAUAAUCACUUGCUGGAGUGUCUUUUUCCGGAGCUGAGACUGCUGUGUCUGACAUACCAUUGUCUCUAGCCUUGCUCGGUACACACCCGGCCUCUGUCAUUUCCGAGCAUCCUGCGUUCAUUCAAUGGUCUUCAAGUUUAUACAGUAUAAAGAGAAUCAAGUUCUGUUUUGAAUUUAUAAACAUAAUCAUUCAAUUUCUCCAGUGUGAAGCAGCUCUCAACAUGACGACGGUCGAUGCUGUCCUGGAGCCGUUCGUGCUCUCCAAGGAGCGCCUGCAAGAAAUCAAGAAGCGCCUGCUGUCCGAGAUGGAGGAUGGCCUGGCCCGAGAGGGUGCCACCAUCCGCAUGCUACCCACGUACGUACACGACCUGCCCGACGGCACGGAGAAGGGCAAAUUCUUGGCGCUGGACCUGGGUGGGAGCAACUUCCGCGUUCUGCUUAUCUCUCUGGAUGGUCGUUCGUACACACAGACCGACGAGCCCAAAUUCGAGCCUCUGAGUGAUGACGUCAAGGCCACAACACAGGAAGCACUGUUCGAUCACAUUGCUGAAUGCCUGCAAAAGUUCGUGGAUGCCAAUGGGAUUACGGAGAAGCUGCCUCUGGGCUUCACCUUCUCAUUUCCCGUGCUGCAGACUGGCUUGACAAAGGGUACGCUGAUCAAGUGGACGAAAGGUUUCAGAGCCGUUGGUGCCGAGAAACACGACAUUAUCGAGCUUCUGCGCGCUGCGUUGAAGAGAAGACAGGGUAUUGAAGUGGAUGUGGUGGCACUGGUCAACGACACAACAGGCACGAUGAUGUCCAAUGCACUGCAGGAUGCCGACUGCCACGUCGGUCUCAUCCUGGGUACAGGCACCAACGCCUGCUACAUGGAGAGACUUGAUGCGGUCAAGAAGUGGUCAGAACCCAGGAAACCUGGUGUUGAGCAUAUAGCAAUUAAUACAGAGUGGGGAGCAUUUGGUGAUAACGGAACUUUAGACGACGUGUUCACCGAGUUUGACAACUACCUAGACCAGAAUGUCUCUAUCAACAAGGGAGAUCAGAAGUUUGAGAAGACCAUCUCCGGCAUGUAUCUGGGAGAGCUUGUACGUGUUAUUUGUCUGCGCCUGCACUCACUGGGUUUGCUAUUCAAGGACCAAGCAGACAUACCCAAGUUCCAAACUGCCUGGGAGUUCCUCAGCAAGUACCUGUCCGAUAUCGAGACGGGUGACGUGGACGAGAGCUUGCCGGCGACGCGCGCCAUCCUGAGCGACAUGGGCGUCGCCAGCGCCAGCGACGACGACUGCCGCGCCGUGCGGCGAGUGUGCGAGGCGGUGUCGACGCGCGCCGCUCACCUGGCCGCCGCCGGUGUCAGCACCAUCGUGGAGAAGAUCGACAAGACGCGCAAGUGUUCCGUAGCCGUCGACGGCUCCCUGUACAAGAAGCACCCGAAGUUCGCGGCGCGCAUGGACGCCGGCCUGGACAUGCUCCUGCCCGCCGGCCAUGGUGUCAAGAUGCAGGAGGCCACGGACGGGUCCGGUCGUGGCGCCGCGCUCGUAGCGGCCGUGGCCUGCCGCCUCACCGCCACCGCUUCGGCAUGAACGCCGCUCUCUCGCCGUCUAUCUGAUGAUCAUCACACAUACUUAGGUAACCAAUACUAACCGUAGAUGUGCACUGCCAACACCACCACCGUCGCUAGUCUCGACAAGCGCAUGCUUUGAGGUAGCUGCGUGCUGAUUCGCGACUACGUGCGCGUAUCACAGAAUUAGUUUAGUGCGUUGCCGGGAUGUCUCCGCUGACCGCAUUCGGAAACGCAGGCCAGCGGGCCGGUUGGACCAACCCAUCGCCAUGGGUAUUAGCGAAUGUUUUACUAAGCGCAAGCCAUUGCCGCUCUCGAACUGCGCCGCCGCCACGCCGUUACCAUGGUUACUCUCUUCUGCAAAUGCUGUGCUAUCAGCUAUUGCAUUUUAUCGACACGCGUCCUCUGACUCAAUCUAGGACUAGAUAAUAGUAGACAUGCCUCGAGUUUUCUCAUUUGUUUUAGGAAAACCCACCUGUUGUGUUUGCCGGGUGGCUGGUUUUUCCCCCAGUGUGUGUGUUUUUACUACUGUGGCAUGCCACCCCCUCUACUUUCCCAUAGUUCUCUGCUUACUCGACAUUCUCACGAUAAGCUAGGUAGACACGCGAUGAAUAAUCUGUUUUUUUAAACAGCUUUAAACAGGGCUCUCCUUCGCCCCGUAUACAUGUAUAUCAUGUAGUUUAUCUACUGGGUGCGUUUAGAUGUUGUUCACACGUA